AUGACCAGUCCGCAGAACUCUUCCAAUGUGGAUACUCCAGGUCCUGUACUUCAGCCGUUUUCUCUUUUACAUCCUAUCAGCCAAGCUGCAUAUGUUGACAACUUUGAGAGCCUACUCCCUACUCGCCGGCGUGCCAUUCAGCUGUGGCAGACCUUUAUUCUAAAUGUCGAUCCAAUGUUCAAGAUUCUUCAUAUACCGACUGUGCAGCCGAUUGUGUACGCGGCCAUUAACGAGCCUCAUGAUGUCAAGCCAGACCUGCGUGCUCUUUUGUUUGCGAUUUAUUUUUCGGCCCUCACUAGUACCUUGCGAGACGUUGCGAGCUGCUUGAAUCAGGACCACGAAGCCGAGUUGGAGAGAUUCAAGCGGGGCAUCGAAAUAAGCUUAAGCCAGGCAGACUUUCUGGAUCAGCCCACUAUGCAAGCUCUACAGGCGAUGGCCAUAUUCAUCGCUGCAUUUCGGCGGUUUGGCUCUGGUCGUUCAAUCUGGACUCUAAACGGCAUGGUAAUUCGGGCUGCACAGCUGAUGGGCAUUCAUCGGGAUGGAAAACUUUUCAAUCUAUCCCCUUUCGAUCAAGAAAUGCGACAUCGCCUGUGGUGGAAGAUCAUCUCCACGGACAGCCGUACACUGGAGGAUCAAGGCAUGUGGACUACAGGCAAUCGCUAUCUGGGAGACGCUCGCUUGCCACUAAAUAUUGACGAUCGAGACAUGAGCCCCCAAACCACAAGUAUGCCGCAGGAGCACAUUGGGUUCGCCGAAUCAACACCCCUCUUAUCCAUUUGUCAUAUUCAUAUAGCUGGAGAGGCAGUUGCUCAGCUUUUGUUGUGUGCCGAUUUGGAGUCUUACUCAGAGAAACUCCCAGCUACACAGGAGGCAAUUGACCGAACAAGAGCUGAGCUCGAGAAAAAGUUCUUUUCCAAUCACAAUCCUCAUAUCCCUAUCCAGCGACUAUUUAGUAACCUGACCAAAAUGAUACUUGACAAAUUGGAAUGGCAGUGCCAGGAACGACUGCUCCGCCAUAAACAGAACAACGGCCGCGAAGACGCCAAGGGCGAGGCCAGAAAUUACGACGCCGAGAGCGAUGCGCUCUUUAUUCGGGCGUGUGAACUUCUGGAUGCAAGCUUGGAAUUGGUUCUCGACGAGAUCUAUACAAGUUAUACGUGGCAUACCUCGAGCUAUCCACCUUAUGAACUGCUUACGUUCAUACUGUGGAGGAUGUAUACGAGUUCGACACAGUCUUCAACGGAUUGGGCUUGGCAGAUCGUGUUACGCAGCUUUGCUAGUAUCGAGGAGACCAGUAUCAUUCCAGACAUGGGAACGAGAUGGUCCAUAUUAUGCAAGCUGAAGGAAAAGGUGGCUGGUCUACGAACGCAUACUCAGAACAACUUACAAUUUGUAGGCUCACCGGACCACAGCCCUCCACAUGCAGGGUUAGAAAGAGAGGCUAGACAAGAGAAUCAUGAUGCAGACGUGUCGCUGGAGGGAACAACAUCUGACCUUGAAGAUCCACUGUUUUCCAUGGACUGGACCACGUUUCAACAAAGCUUGAAUAUGGACGGAAUGUCCUGGCCGUAG